CCGAGGCCCCUGUCCCAGUACCGCCGCCGCGGACCUCAGCCCCUGCUUCUGGACCCUUCACUGCUUACCCAGAUCCUUCCCUGGAUCCAGGCUCGCUGCUCCCUGGAAGCCUACCUGCCCCUUCUCUGCUUCUCCAAGCCCCGUUCUGGACCUCUCUGCCCCCCUGCACCUUCUCGGGACCUGCCCUCAACCCUAGAUGAGACUGGAGACCAAAACGCUUGCCAAAUUCUGCACAGCUCCCAAGCGGCCCUCCUGGGGCGCCGCCCCUGCCCCUGCAUUGUGCCCUCCACUCUUGGCCAGAGGCAGCAUGGUCCGUGGGGCACCAUGGGACCUGACAGAGUGACAGCCAGAGAGCUGUGUGAGAAUGACGACCUUGCCACCAGCCUUGUCCUGGACCCCUACCUCGGCUUCCGCACCCAUAAGAUGAACGUCAGCCCCGUGCCCCCCUUGCGGCGACAGCACCACCUGCGCUCAGCGCUGGAGGCCUUCCUGAAGCAGCGGGACCUGGAGGCAGCGUACCGGGCCCUGACGCUGGGAGGCUGGAUGGCCCACUACUUCCAGAGCCGGGGCCCGCGGCAGGAGGCUGCCCUCAAGACCCACAUCUAUCGCUACCUCCGAGCCUUCCUGCCUGAAAGCGGCUUUACCAUCCUGCCCUGUACACGCUAUUCUAUGGAGACAAAUGGAGCCAAGAUUGUGUCUACCAGAGCUUGGAAGAAGAACGAGAAGCUAGAACUGCUGGUGGGCUGCAUUGCGGAGCUGCGGGAGGCUGACGAGGGGCUGCUGAGGGCCGGCGAGAACGACUUCAGCAUCAUGUACUCCACGCGCAAGCGCAGUGCACAGCUGUGGCUGGGCCCCGCCGCCUUCAUAAACCACGACUGCAAACCCAACUGCAAGUUUGUGCCCGCAGAUGGGAAUGCAGCCUGCGUGAAGGUGCUGCGGGACAUUGAGCCGGGGGAUGAGGUGACCUGCUUCUACGGUGAAGGCUUCUUUGGUGAAAAGAAUGAGCACUGUGAAUGCUAUACCUGUGAGAGGAGGGGUGAAGGGGCCUUCCGACUGCGGCCCAGGGACCCCGCGCCCCCGCGGCUGCUGGACAAGUACGAGCUCCGGGAGACCAAGCGGAGGCUGCAGCAGGGCCUGGAGGGUGGAGGCCGGCUGGGCCCCAGGGCCUGCGCCCACCUGUCCCCACUGCUCCGGGACCCGCUCUGUGCUGCCUGCCAGCCCCUGCGCCCCCUGCCCUGCGGAGUCCGCCCCGACGCCCCGCCCCUCUGGCUCCAGUGGCUGCCUCAGCCCCAGCUCCGGAUGCGCCCCCGGCGGCGCCGACGCCCCCAGCCCCGGCGGGCCCCGGCACCCCCUGUUCUCCGUGCUGCCCGCGUCUCCUUGCACCAGUGGGGAGGCUGUGGCCCCCGAUGCUGCCUGCGAGCGGAGGCCCUGGUGGCCCUGAGCCCGCCCCCUCGCGCCCACUGGGCCCCCCAGCAGGACUGGCACUGGGCCCGGCGUUAUGGGCUGCCUUACGUGGUGCGUGUGGACCUGAGUCGGGUGGCCCAGCCCCCGCCUGCUGCCCCCACCCCUGCCGGGACCCCAGGCCCCACCCCCAUCCCCAAGCAGGCCCUUGCCUUUGCCCCCUUCUCCCCACCCAAGCGCCUGCGACUGGUGGUCAGCCAUGGCUCCAUUGACCUGGAUGUCAACGGUGACGGGCCAUGAUGGGCCAGCCAGGGAGGCCCUGGGCCAGGAGAGGAGGGGAUCCUGCCUAGUCCCCCCGCCCCUGGCCUCUUGUUCUCGGGGACGCACUGACCUCUAGAAGGAGCUCUUGGACGUCUGGGAGGGAGCUGGCCUUCAACCCCAGCACAGCUCUGACCCGGUGAGGGGGAGGGCCUGGGUCGUUUUGGAGACACCCAGGGAUCUGACCCCUGGCCCUUUGUGAUUGCUGACCCCUGAGCCGCCCCACCCGGGUUGGGUACCCUGGCCGCUGCUGCCCCACACCCCCACCCCCAACUCCAGCCUCAGGACUACAGGAGCCCUUCUCUUCCCUACCCACCUCCUGCCCAGGGAGCAAAGCCAUAAGGGGUGGGGGCCGCCCCGUGGUGUCUCCCCAGAAGCCCAGGCCUCAGGAGGCGUCAGAACUGACCUGGGGGCGGCCCUCCCUAGAGACUGCCUUGCGGACGGGAGUGGGUUUGCGCUCAGCUCGGAGACUGUCUGAG